AUGGCCGCCCGCACCACGCGCGGCUCUGCGCCGCCGUCGCCGUUCCUCGCAGAAGACGAGAUCGCGCUGCUCCCCUCGCCCAACGUCGGCAGCGCAGAGCACCGCGGCUCCGACGCGAGCUACCAGGGUGCCUACGCGAGCCACGCCGCAGCGCGCAAGGCCGCGUCGCGCCCCCGCGCCCGAGCGUGCGCCCUCCUCCCGCCUCCUCGCCUCCUCCUCCCGCUCCUCUUCGCCCUCGCCCUCGCCGCUUCGUUCCUUCUCUUGACCGAGUCGACACGCCAUAAGCUCUCCCAGUACCUCGCCUUCACGCCCGAGCAGUCGCACCGCAUCCGGGACGCCCUCUUCGACGAGCCGUCGUGGCCUCUCGCGCCGAGCGGGUUCGGCAUCCUCGACGCCGACGGCGAGCACACGGUGACGGCCAUCGUCGUGCACGGGCUCGGCGACAAGGGCGACGGCAAGCCCUGGACCGACGUCCUCGCCGACGAGUUUCCCUUUGUGCGCUGGGUCGCACCGACUGCCGACUACCUCAACAUCACGGUCCGAGACGGCGCGACGACACGAGCCUGGUUCGACAUCGUCGACUUUGACGACAUCUGGGGCGACGAGGACGUCGUCGGCUACAUGCACAGCCAGCAGCAGCUCAACCAGCUCAUCGACGACGAGCGGCAGAAGAUGCUCGACUCCGGAAAGGUCCCCCGCAUCGUCCUCCUCGGCUUCUCGCAAGGCGGCGUCAUGACCCUUCUCGCGACCCUCACCGCCCCGACUCGCGACCGCAUCGAGGCCGCCGCCGUCAUGAGCACCUACCUGCCCAUGCUCGACUCGUUCGACGAGAUCUUCAACCCUGCCGCGAGGGACACGCCUUUGCUGUGGGUGCACGGCCGGGCCGACCCUUACCUCACGUACACCAAUGCCGAGCUGUCACUCGCGCGCCUCACGACCGCCCCGAUCUCGCUCUCGAACGUCGUCUUUAGCGGGUACGACGGCGUGCAGCACUCGUGGAACGGCGACAUGCUCGACGACGUCGUCGGCUGGUUCGACGCGCACGUGCCGCGGCAUCGAGCCGAGGGAGCUGGACCGAGCACGGGCGCAGUUGGAGACGGACGAGGCGGCAGAGCUCAGCAGGAGAAGGUCGAGGGCGCGGCGGGCGGCGCGGUCGAGCGGGUCGAGGCGGGCGCGGGGGCAGCCGGCGCGCAGCGGCAGCAGACGGGGGCCGCGUCGAAGGGGGAUCCCUUCGAUGCUCCUGCAGAGGACGCGUCGAGGGCGGCCGAGGAGGAGGGUCGGGCCGACGAGCUCGACGGGCUCGAGGCGCUCGAGGCGGCGGACGACCUCGUGCCGGCUCGCCGGCUGCGGCGACGACGACCAGAGCGCACCGUUGUCGACUUGUCGUCGCCUGUAUCCUGACCUUCUGUAGCUCCCUGUUCGCGCGCUCCUUGGUGUUGUACGAUCAUCCUCGUUCUCUCUCUC